CAGCCGGAGCCUGGGCCGUCAGCCCCGGAGGGGCAUUGUUGAUUGUUCUACUUUCGAGUCACGUCGUCGCGGCGGCGUCUAAGUUUCUUUAUCCUGGAAUUUGAGACUGGCUGACAGCGCGUAGAAGAAAACUAGAAAAGCAGCACAGCGGCCUGUAGCGAUAUCACUUACCGAGAAAAAUCAGCACAGAAACGCCAUCCGAAGAAGAAGCACAUCGAACAAAUUUAGCAAAUGGCAUCGCAACAACAUGUCGUCCGGGUGGGCGUCGCGGCGAUCAUCAGCGAUGCGGAGGGGAAGAUGGUGGUGGGAGUGAGAAAGGGGUCCCAUGGAGCCGGAACAUUGCAAUUUCCCGGUGGCCAUCUCGAAGUCGGCGAGAGAUCCUUUGACUGCGCCGUAAGGGAGACGCUGGAAGAGACGGGCCUGGAGGUCAUCGCUAAGAAGACUGUGACCUUCACCGAAGAUUACUUUGAUGCGGAGAACAAGCACUACAUCACCAUCUUUGUCUCUUGCAAGAGGCGUGAUGAGCAGGAGCAACCUGUGAUAAUGGAGCCAAAGAAGUGUGAGAGCUGGACGUGGAGAAGUGAGGCUGAGCUCAGGGAGAUCAUGGCCACUGAAGACGGCAAGAAGCGACUCUUUUUGCCCAUCGUCAACUUGUUCGAGCACGACCGCCGGUUCAAGGAGCAUGGCAGUCUGACGGAUUUUCUUAGAGAAUCCGACUGCAGCGCAUCGCCCUCUGAGACAGAAAUAUGCAGUUCGCUAUGAUGAGGAUGCAGCCAGCUCGUGUUAUGUUUACAUCCGAGUGGUGGCCAUGGCCAGGGAAAAGGGGGAGGGCCCGUGCGCCUGGUGUCCAUAACGUCG